AUGGCCCACAACACUGGGCCUGAUGAGAAGACAUUGCAGGUGUUACGGGACAUGGCCAACCGCCUGCGAAUCCGUUCCAUAAGGGCCACAAGUUCCUCGACCACUAGCCAUCUCACGCCGUGCAGUAGUGCUGCUGAGAUCAUGUCUGUGCUGUUCUUCUAUACAAUGAGAUAUAAACAGGAAGACCCUGAAAACCCAGACAAUGACCGAUGCAUCCUUUCAAAGGGUUGCCCUUCUCCUCAGCUUUUUUCAGCUCCUGCACUUGAUACCACAAAUCUCCCCAAAUCAGAUGUUCUGAAGCUAUUCCUAUAUUCACUAAGUAUCUCUUUUCUCUUACAGGGACUACCAUUUGUUAAAGUGGCAACAGGAUGGCCUGGGCAAGGACUAGGGGCUGCCUGUGGCAUGGCAUAUACUGGCAAGUACUUUGACCAAGCCAGCUACAGGGUAUUCUGUCUUCUGGGGGAUGAGGAAUCCACAGAAGGCUCUGUUUGGGAGGCAUUUGCCUUUGCAUCCUACUAUAAUCUGGACAAUCUUAUGGCAAUCUUUGAUGUGAACCGCAUUGGACACAGUAGCUCCAUGUCUGUUGAGCACUGCAUUGACAUCUACCAGAAGCGUUGUGAAGCCUUUGGGUGGAAUACUUAUGUAGUGGAUGGCCGUGAUGUGGAGACCCUAUGCCGUGUAUUCUCACAGGCAGCUCAAGUGAGAGGCAAGCCCACUGCUGUGGUUGCCAAAACCUUCAAGGCCCGAGGCAUGCCAAAUGUUGAAGAUACAGAAAGCUGGUAUGGAAGGCCAAUGCCAAAAGAAAGAGCAGAUGCAAUUGUCAAAUUAAUUGAGAGCCAGAUACAGACCAACAAAAUUCUUGUACCAUCUCCCCCUAUUGAGGACUCACCUCAAAUUAACAUCAUGGCUAUAUAUAUGGGUUCACCCUCUGUUUACAUAGCUGAUGACAUGUUGUCUACUCAACGUGCAUGUGGUUUGGCUCUGGCUAAACUAGGCCAUGAAAAUGACAGAGUUAUUGUGCUGGAUAGUGACACCAACAAUUGCAAUUUUUCUGAUAUAUUCAAGAAAGAACACCCAGAGAGAUUCAUCCAGUGUUAUAUUGCUGAACAAAACAUGGUGAAUGUGGCUCUAGGAUGUGCCACCCGUGACCGGACCAUUGCUUUUGCUUGCACCUUUGCUGCCUUUUUCACCCGAGCAUUUGAUCAGUUACGAGUGGGAGCCAUCUCUCAAAUCAGUAUCAACCUUAUUGGUUGCCACUGUGGACUAUCUACUAGUGAUGACAACCCCUACCAUAUGGCCCUGGAAGACCUGGCCAUGUUCCGAGCAAUUCCCAAUUGUAUUGUUUUCUAUCCAAGUGAUGCCAUCUCCACAGAGCAUGCUGUUUACUUAGCAGCCAAUAGUAAGGAAAUGUGCUUUAUUCGUACCAGCCAAGCAGAAACUGCAGUUAUUUACACCACUAAAGAAACCUUUCAGAUUGGACAGGCCAAGGUUGUCCGCCAAAGUGACAAUGACAAGAUCAUAGUUAUUGGAGCAGGAGUCACUUUGCAUGAAGCCUUAGUGGCUGCUGAUGAACUCUCUAAAGAAGAUAUCUCUAUCCGUGUCAUUGACUUGUUUACCAUUAAACCUCUGGACAUUGCCACCAUCAUUUCCAAUGCAAAAGCCACAGGUGGCCGAAUUAUCACCGUGGAGUGUCACUAUCCAGAAGGUGGCAUUGGAGGAGCUGUCUGUGCAGCAGUCUCUAUGGAGCCUAACAUUGUGGUUCAUCAGCUGGCAGUGAUGCAUGUGCCUCAGAGUGGAAGAUGCAAUGAAGCACUAGAUUUUUCUGGAAUCAGUUCCAGACACAUCAUUAUGGCUGUGAAAUGCAUCUUAAUGAACUAAAUUAGCUGUUGACUUUGGUCUUAGACUAGCCUCUUCUCUGUAUGUUUAUGCUUGUGCCAAAACCAUCAUUUAGAUAUAAAUGAUUGUGCUUUGUUCUCCUUAAAGGCAAAACCAGUUAACACCUUUAUUCCACAUUCAGAAAUUAUAAUUUCCCUUUAAUCUGUGACUACACAUACAAAUAUCACUGUUUUAACCAUCAGAGUGGAUUAUAAAAUUUAUAAUGGCAGAACAGCUAACAAGACAACCACCUGACACUGAACUUUCUCAUAAGAAUGAAUAUAAGUGGAUUAAGGAACAAUGUAGAAGUGACAGUUUAAAAGUAUUUUCUUCAUAAGUAAAGCAAAUGUGUGUUGAAUUGUAGUCCGCAGCCCAUCUUUCACAGAACUAGACCCUGAGAUACAUAGUGCUGUUCAACUUGAGUUACCAUGUAUACUGCCUUCCUAUCUGCAGAUUCCUAAGUUAUGUGUAACUUUAGAUGCUCUUGAUUUUUCUCUGCUGUUUCCCUUUAUAUCCCCUCCACAGUUCACAGAUUGAUGAACAGAACAAAAGCAGUUACAAUCACUUGUGCUGUUGUGAUGACACUUGAUCUCUACACUAUGCCAUUUGAUGUAAAGCAUUUAAAAACUACUUUAUUCAGGUUUUGCCUUCUAUAGGAUUUGGAUCCCUCUUGCAAUAGUCUUAAGGGAGGGACUUCUAUCUAAACCAGACAAUGCCAUGGUCCCUGACAUUAAACCUAGGAUGGAGUAAUAGACUGCACACUAGGCCACUCAUUGUAAAAUAAUACAGCCUUGAAAAUCUAUCCUAGACAAGUCCUUCCAUCAUCUGGAAUGUAAGCUGGGACUGAAUUUCAAAAGCAUACUGGAUGUCAUAUUUCUUAGUAUUCUCAUUAAAUGGACAUUGGGAAUUUGGGAAGGCAUGACUACAUUGCUUCUGGAGUUGUGCAACAAUGUGUGGUAGAGAUUAAACCUGGACUACAUAUCA